AUGACGGACAAGCGACCCCUUCUUGGUGCGGAGAAGCAAUACCACUACAAGGUGGUGAUAGUGGGCGAUUCAUUCACGGGCAAGUCAUCUCUACUAUCGCGCCUCUCUGACAAGGAAUUCGAACGAGCCUAUGCCCCCACCAUCGGCGUCGAUUACAAAGUGCAUCAGCUGCGAAACGUGCAGGGCAAGAACGUCAGGCUCUCCCUGUGGGAUAAUGCGGGCGACAGAAAGUUUAAUUCAAUCGUGACCAACUACUUCCGCGGCGCUGAGGGCGUUCUACUCGUGUACGACGUCACCAACCCGGCCUCCUUCGCCAAUCUCAAGACGUGGCUCGCCGAGAUCGACAGCAAGAUCGUGCCCGGCUCCGCUACGGUGUGCGUAGUUGGCAACAAGAUCGAUGCGCCGAGGCGGGCCGUGAGCCGCGACGACGCCCGAAGCUGGGCCUUCGAGCGUGGCUUCCAGUACAUGGAGUGCUCGGCCCUGAACGGAACGAACGUGGAGGAGUGCUUCGUCUCGGUGGCGACCACCUUGCUCAACCACGCGCUCGAGCGCGAGGAGGCCGAGGAAGAGGAGAAGCUGCGGCGGGCGGCCGCACAGAGGAAGUCCACCACAUUCGCCGCCUUCUUCCAACGACAGCGAGAACAUGCGGGCGAGGAGGCCGUGGGCGCGGUGGACGGCUCGACGGGCCGUUGUGGCCUGAGCAGCUACUUUUGCUUCCUGCCUCGGUGGCACUGA